UACACGUAAAAGAUAACAAACUAAACUUGAGCUCCCUCAAGACGACAACACAUUCCUCCGCACGAUAAGCAAUAACACCGCAUGAUCAUAUUCGAGUGUACCGAGAAGAAAUAUUAAAACCUGGCCACAUUCAAGAUGAAGGUCACAGAGCUCAUCGUCUACCCUAUCAAAUCCCUUCGAGGCAUGUCUCUUCCCAGCGCGACCCUGACACCCCAAGGAUUGCUCCACGACCGUCGAUACCUUCUUCUCCGACCCCAGGAGGAUGGAAGCUGGGCAUAUAUGUUUGUAGGGGAUAGACCAGAAAUGGCAUUAUUUCACUGCGAGCUUGCCUCAUCUCCACCCAGUUCUUCACCAUCCAGCUUCAUCGUUCGAUACCGAGUCCCCUCUCCACCAAUCACACCUCCCAACCCAGCCCAAGAAACAAAGGUCACCAUCCCCUUCACACCUAGCCUCGAUGAUAAAGUCAAAAUCGAGAUAGAUCUCCACACCAGCAAGUCCUACCCAGCAUGGAUAAUGGAUGCCUCCAUCAACGACUGGUUCACGGCAUGUUUCGGAUACCCAGUCGUCCUCGCCUUCAUCGGCGACAGCCUCGGGAUCCGUAAACCAAAGACCGACGCCGUAGCUUCAUCUUGGCUGCAAGAAAUGAAAGGCGCAAUCCCGACGCAGGCCUCAAACAUACAGUUCUCAGAUAAUGCCGCUUUGCUCGUGACGUCCGAGGCUUCACUCGGUGACCUCCAUCCUCGGUUACCAGGCGAUGAGAAGGCCGUUCAUGAGAAGUUCCGCCCGAAUAUCAUUCUUGAUGGGACGAAGGCUUGGGAGGAGGAUCUCUGGACGAGUUUGACUUUCCCAAAUGGGGGCGGGAAGGUCGUUCUUACGAGUAAUUGUGCGAGGUGUAUUAGUGUUAAUGUGGAUCUUGAGCAUGGGAAGAUGGGAGACGGAGAAAGUGGGAAGCUGUUGAAGAAGAUGAUGAAGGAUAGGAGAGUAGAUACGGGGAAGCAAUGGGAGCCAGUCUUUGGAAGGUACGGCUUCCCAGUGGGGCCUGGGACGUUGAGUGUUGGUGAUGAGGUGGUAGUAGAGAAGGGAGAGAAGACGAGUGUAUGGAAUGGACUUGUUCCCAGACUGUCAACCUUCGACCCAGCGCCAGCACCAAAGUUCCCCUAUAUCUCCGCCAUCCCCGUCCAAUACCGUCUCGCGUUCUACAUUGCUGUUCUCGCGCUUCUGAUUGCAUUUGCCAAAACGCCUGAGAACGGAUAUGAUUUCCAGAACUGGUUCAGCAAGCAAAGUAUCUGAUGAUCUGAUCACGUAAAAUAUGUCCAAUAGAAUCAACCGUGCCAUUAGUAGGGGAAAAAAAUGGGACUUCUUGGCUGUGAAUGGACAUUUGUAUCCUUAAUUGACGGGCGAGGGCAGAACAGAAGGGCCGUAGAAAACUUCGUUCAUGGAAAAAAAGGGCCGACCCAUCUCUUCCCCCGUCGAUAUCUCCAACACGGCAAGUAGGAUACACACAUUAUCUACGCAACCAUACUUGCAUGAUCGCCAUACACUCCUCCUCAUGUUUAACCUCCCGUCCAAUACUUCUAGAAAGACUCAAGACCACAAGGAUAUGACAGCCCUACGCAGCCUUAUGUCGUACAGCCAUACAAUGACGGGCACUCACAGGAUCGGGAUGAAUCAAUUCAAUGUCACACGACAUAUCUUGCCAGCACGCCGAAGUCCACACUCUCUUGCAUGAUCGCCGCGGCCCAACGUAUUUAAGCUUAUUUAUUUUGUGGUCUGUCAUGUAGUGCAUACAUGCACAUGUAGCACACGCCCUGCGUGUGAGAAACGUGGACAGAGGGAGAGAGACAAGAACAAGCCUUAUAUUGACUACAGCCCUACUGUGACGGGAAUAGAUCGGACACUGACAUGGAGAAGUGGGAAAGUUUUCAGGCAUGUUUUUAUGUGGUGCCAGUGAGAGCAUUUGGGUUGAGGAGGGAACGUUACGUGGACGGUGAUGAUCAAGUGAGUGAUCGAGUGACUGAGUGAUUGAGAGUUGGAUGGGAGCGCGGUUACAUGGUUACACGACAGGUGGAUGGAUGCGUUGUUGGGAAAAGGUUGUCCCAACGUCAUGUUAGGAGGUAGCGAGGUUUAUUGAUUAGCACGAGGUUGGUGAGGAGCUUUGUGCUGGGAGGAGACGAUAUGAGUGAGGACUUAAUAUGAUGUAGGGUAGGGGUAGGAUAUAUUGUAGUGUAAUCUAUUGUAGUGUUGUCGGGCAACCGGAAGUGGAUGGUGUGCUGUGUGGAGCAAGAGGAGAGGAAGUCUCGCGGCAUGUGAAAUGUUGAAAGGCUUUUUUGAAGACGAAGAAGAUUGGCUAGAGUUUGAUGUGCAAGGUUUGUUCCUCCAAAUUUCAAGACUUGGCUUGGAUUUAUGGCUUGAGACAUCAUACAUC